AUUGUUUCACCUACACCAGGAUGAGAUUUUCGGGUUUUGUAAGUUCUCCCGAUCUGGUGACUCGAAUCUGGUCCUGUAUGUUACCGCAAUGCGAAGUAAAGGUGGUAGUAUUGUGAAAUGGAACACUACUUCAUGGAAGAGGAUAAGUUCUACACACAUUGUCCGGGACCCAAUUUCUGCAUUUAAUGUGUCAUCUGAUGGAAAGCUCCUUGUAGUAGGAACAAUACAAGGAGACAUUUGGAUCAUAAGUUCUGUAAGUACGCGGGUGCAGACUGUAGUCAGAAAAGUACAUCUUGGCCUUGUAACAGCUUUAGGAUUCUCACAAGAUUCAAGGGCUCUGCUCUCGGCAUCCCUAGAUUCAAGUGCCCGGGUAACACUGAUCAAGGAUAAGAAGAAAGAUGGAUUGAACUUGUGGUUCAUUCUGUUUAUCAUUUUAGUUGCUGUAGCAGUAUAUUAUGGAAUAGGCAGAAGGGAUAUUUCACGGGAGCCAUGAUUUUACUAUCAAACUGUUAGAGCUGCUUGCAAGUUAAGAAAUAUUGCUCAAGGUUUAACUUCUUACAAGCCUGUUCCAGGCUACAUUAACGAUGUUAACAGGUUGGAUUAUUCAGUUACUAAUGGUUCAAUAUUUGAAGAGUAUGUUUCUUUGUUCUGUACAGAUUCAUCCCCGUUAUUGAGUGCUUAGCUUAUCAUAGCAACAUUGUUUUAUUGAGGAUAGCGAAAUGUUAAAUAAUCACAA